CGUUGUAUGUGCAGCUCUGUGUGUGUGUCUCCUUGGACGUGAUGGAAAUGGGUCAGACAGGAAGCCGACGUGCAAUUUAAACACAUAAUCAAUGUUUAAUCCAUUUACAAGUAAUCCAUCAAUAAACAAAUGAAUAAAAAUGAAACGCGACGUGCGGAUUCUGCUGUUAGGGGAACCCAAAGUGGGGAAGACGUCCCUCAUCAUGACCCUGGUAGGAGAGGAGUUCCCUGAACAGGUUCCUCUCCGGGCGGAGGAGAUCACCAUCCCUGCUGACGUCACACCCGAGAAAGUGCCGACGCACAUAGUGGACUACUCGGAGAGCGAGCAGACGGAGGAGGUGCUGCGCAACGAGAUAAUAAAGGCAAACGUGGUGUGUGUGGUUUAUGACGUCACUCAAGAGGAAACCAUCGACAAGAUACGGACAAAAUGGAUUCCGCUGGUGAACGGCGAGGCAGAGAAAGGCAGCAAGAUCCCCAUCAUCCUCGUGGGCAACAAAUCUGACCUACGCUCCGGGAGCUCCAUGGAAACCAUCCUGCCAAUCAUGAACCAGUUUUCAGAGAUCGAGACGUGUGUAGAGUGCUCGGCUAAGAACCUGAAAAACAUCUCUGAGCUUUUCUACUACGCUCAGAAAGCUGUGCUGCACCCGACAGCGCCGCUCUACGAUCCCGAGGAUAAGCAGUUGAAACCGCAGUGCGUCCGCGCCCUCAGUCGAAUCUUCAGAAUAUCCGAUCAAGACAACGAUCGAAUCCUCAGCGACGCAGAACUCAACUGCUUUCAGAAAUCCUGUUUUGGGAACCCGUUGGCUCCUCAGGCUCUAGAGGACGUGAAGACAGUCGUAUGGAAAAACACCAGCGACGGCGUCCAGGACAACGGCCUGACUCUUAAUGGUUUCCUUUUCCUGAACACGCUGUUCAUUCAGAGAGGACGUCAUGAGACCACGUGGACCAUCCUGCGCAAGUUCGGCUACGACGACUCGCUCGAGCUUACCGACGACUACCUCUAUCCACCGCUGCGUGUGCCUGUGGGCUGCACCACAGAGCUGAACAAUCUCGGGUAUCAGUUCCUCCAGCGGCUCUUCGAGAAGUACGACGAGGAUAAGGAUUGUGCUCUGUCCCCAGCCGAGCUGAAGAACCUGUUCUCCGUGUUUCCCUACACGCCCUGGCCCGAGUCGGUGUACAGUAGCGUCCCGACUACAGAGGACAACUACAUCUCUCUACGCGGCUACCUCUGCCAGUGGACGUUGUCGGCGUACCUAGGUGUCCACAGAUGUCUUGAGCACCUGGGGUACCUCGGUUAUCCCAUCCUGAUGGAGCAGGACUCUCAGACAUCAGCCAUCACAGUAAGCAGAGAGAAGUCACUAGACCUGGAAAAAGGACAAACGCAGCGCUCGGUGUUCCUCUGCAAGGUGAUCGGACCGCGCGGGACAGGAAAGACCGCCUUCCUGAAAGCCUUUCUUGGUCGGAGCCUCGUGGAUGACGAGCGCCCCCCCGGUGCCUUCUCUCUGCACACCAUCAACACCGUCUUCGUCUCCAACCAGGAGAAAUAUCUCAUCCUGGAGGAAGUGGACGUUGAAGUGGAGUUCCUGAAAGCGGCGGACGCGGCAUGCGACGUCGCCUGUCUGAUGUAUGACGUCAGCGACCCGGACUCGUUCAACUACUGCGCCAGUAUAUACAAGCAGCACUACAUGUCGAGCGGCGUGCCGUGCGUGGUCGUGGGAUCCAAAGCCGACCAGCCCGAAGUAAAGCAGCACCACGGAAUGAGCCCGGCUGAGUUCUGCUACAAACACCGACUCCCGAAGCCGCUCCGCUUCAGCGCGCUCAACACACACAGCAACACACACAUCUACAGCAAGCUCGCCUGGGCCGCCAUGUAUCCGCACCUGAACGGUUCGGACCUGAACAGCGCGUCCUUUUGGCUGCGUGUGACACUCGGAGCCAUCAGCGCCAGCCUGCUGGGAUUCGCCGUCUACAGAGCUGUCAGCAGGCACAAAUAACACACACACACACACACACACUCCGCCAGCGUUCUCCUACCAACUGACUGUGUUCAGCUGCUCCUUUUCAGUCUCUCACACACACACACACACACAUGGACAGUUUCCUUGCUGUCAGUCAAACAUGUGCAGCGGGAGAAUGACCCUCCCAACUGAUCACAUGGAACUUUGUCCUUUUUACCAGUUUGUGUUUGACAUUUUGACCUGAGACACCCAUGACACACACCUCAGUGCCAAUCAUGUGUGUGUAACCGAGAGCUAGAGAGUGUUUUAUUUGCCAUUUAUUUAUAGUUAGCAGGUGGUUACUAUGUCAUGAUGAGCAGCACUAAAAAGUAUUUCCAUAUCAUGAAUAAGUCAAAACUACUUAGUUUAUUUUUUUUUAUGAGUCUUGUUCAUAUUUUUGCUUUCAAAACCUAAAGAAUUCCAUUACAGUGUGCUGAUACAGAUUAUACAUACAAGAAGAUAUAUAUAUAUAUAUAUAUAUAUAUAUAUAUAUAUAUA